AUGGCACAGAGAGAGGAGAAGCAGCUGGAGUUGACCCUGGAGGCACUCAUCAGUCAAGUGGCKGACCUGAAGAACUCCUUGGUCAGUUUUAUCUACAAGCUGGAGAAUGAGUAUGACCGACUCACAUGGCCUUCAGUUCUGGAUAGCUUUGCRUUGCUCUCAGGACAGCUGAACACCUUGAAUAAAGUGCUAAAGCAUGAGAAGACACCACUAUUGCGGAACCAGGUGAUCAUCCCCCUGGUGCUGUCUCCAGACCGCGAUGAGGAGAUCAUGCGGCAGACAGAGGGGCGUGUGCCCGUGUUCAGCCACGAAGUUGUGCCCGACCAUCUUCGAACUAAGCCCGACCCUGAGGUGGAGGAGCAGGAGAAGCAGCUGAUCACAGAUGCAGCUCGAAUUAGCCCUGAUGCAGCACAGAAGCAGAUCCAAAGUCUGAAUAAAAUGUGCUCAAAUUUGCUGGAGAAAAUCAGUAAGGAGGAGCGUGAAUCUGAAAGUGGAGGUUUACGACAGAACAAGCAGACCUUCAACCCUGCMGAUACCAAUGCACUGGUAGCAGCUGUGGCCUUUGGGAAGGGGCUGUCAAACCGGAGACCCCCAGGCUCUGGGCCAUCUGUCCAGUCAGGCCAGCCAGGAGCUGGUGCCAUCAUUGCAGGUGCUUCAGGCAUGCAGCAGGUCCCAAUGACAGGUGCACCAGCUCAGCAGCAGCCAAUGCUGGCAGGAGUGCAGAUGGCACCAGCAGGACAGCCAGGAAAAAUGCCAAGUGGCAUAAAAACAAAUAUAAAAUCUGCCUCAAUGCAUCCAUAUCAGAGAUGAGCUGAGAAGAACCAGACCCGGGGARCUGCAACAUUUGUUACUGCUGCAGGCCCUCCACCUGGAUUCCUUGUAGGACUUCCAAGUCCUUCCCAUAUCCCCACAGCACAUCCAGGAAGCUAGGAGUUAUAGGGCCCUUCCCUGAGUUUUGUUUAGUGCUGGAUAACUUGUGUGGGGCUGCUGGUGACCUUGUUUCCUGGACACAAGURCUUCUCUGUUCAGCCAGAGCAGAGGAUUUUCCUUCUGGUAUUGRUGCCAUCUUCUCCAGGUCUGGCCUGGAGAAUAACUACCCUUUCCUGAGCCAGAACCCGAAGAGCUGCACCGAGCUCCUUGUUUCUGCUUGUUCACUUGGUAUGUUCUUUCUUUACUCCCUCCUGUU